GUUCACUAAGAAAUUUUCCGCCUAUCCAAAUUCAAAUCCUCUUUCUGCGACUACUUUCAAACAGAAGUUCCGACUACGUGUUUGAAAGUCUCAAACAGAAGUUCCGGUUAUUGUCUGCUUUUCUUGUGAGAAUUUCCAGAAAAUUCCUAGUUUAAUGUAUAUAUUAUAGGUUAGAAUUUGGAAACAAUGUUUUGAGCGAAAUUUCAAGAAGAAUCUCCCAAAAUAAAAUUGUACCGGUAGGUAUAAAACCUAGUCCAAGCAUGCGUAUACAUGUCUCCACUAGAUUUGUGGACAUCAAAGGGGCAUCAAAGUUUUGAUACACUAAUUUGUCUCGUAAUAUUUUCAUUCCCUCUCAAAGAAAACCCUUCUCACAAAUUUCUCUACUUGUUCAGCUGUUCUCUAGAAGCUUUUCUUAGAAGCUCUUAAGUUCGAUUGGUUGAUCAGGUUGUCCAAGUGGAAGGUUGCAAAAUAUAAAUUGAUGAAGUGGAUCAAUGGGCUGUGCUACUUUCAGAAGCAUGUUAAACCCCAGUAUUCCAAGUUUGAUGGAUUACCUUAUCGUGAAAAGCAGGUUUCAGCCUUAGAAAUUGAUACUUCUCAAGAUGUGACCCGGCGGUGUUUCAGUUCUCAAAGUGAUCCUGAUUUAAGUAGAGACUGGUUUGCUAAGUUGUGGGUUGCAGACAAGAAAAGGAAGAAGAAUUCGAGAUUCACAAUGAGAACAAACCAGAGAUUUGAGAAACCUAUCCAUAGUAGUGGACCUAUUGAUAACAUAUAUGAGAAAAUGCGUUCUCUUAAGCUGCCACUUGACUGGUGGCCAUCUAAUGCAUCUGUUGCAAAAACACAACUAAAUGAACAGGUAGAGACAGGUCCUGCACCACCACCACCACCUAGCCAGUCCGUUGCUGGUUCCUUGAAAUCAACAUCAAAGGAAGAGGCUCUAGUUGCUCCUCUCCUUGCGAGGUCCAAUCUGCUCAUAACGAGAGAUAUAGAGUGGGCAAAUCUUGUUCUUGGUUUUGAGCAGGAGAACCGUUAUGCAAUAGUAGAUGCUUCUUACCCUCCGGCACCCGUGGGUUUUAUAAGAGAGCAGAGUCAUUUGAUUGCUAGGCAGAUUCUUCGUACGAGGCGCCCGUUUGUUGCUUGUGUAACUGAUGCCAUGGGUAAUGAGGUGUUUAAGGUUCGCAGGCCAUUUUGGUGGAUAACAAGCACAAUUUAUGUAGAGAUAGACGGUAAGGAGAUUGGUGUUGUUCACAGACGAUGGCAUCCGUGGAGAAGAGUUUAUGAUCUGUACUUGGGGAACACGCAGUUUGCUGUGGUUGAAAAUCCUGGAUUUUGGUUCUGGACUUUUACCUUGAAGGAUAUAAAUGGGAAAGUGCUAGCUGAGACUGAUCGAGAUUGGAGGGGUUUGGGCUUUGAGCUGUUCACUGAUGCUGGUCAAUAUGUAAUAAGGUUUGGGCGUGGUGAUGCAAUCUCUAAGAUUGGGGCUGCUGCAGCGAUUCAAGAUUUAGAAGUUGAAAGGCCUCUAACGCUCUCAGAGAGAGCUGUGGCUGUUGCUCUUGCUGUUUCCCUUGAUAACGACUAUUUCUCACGACAUGGAGGCUGGGGAAUCCCUUUUGUCGCCAUUGAAGAAUAGUAUUCUGAAACAGGUGUGCUAGCGUCUACCUCCUUUGGCAGUUAUGUUUUUGCUUAUCCUGUUUCCUUUUGCCACUUCGUUAGGAAAAUUAGCUCAAUUAUCUAAAGAACCUGGUUAGUUUCUUUUUCCUUUCCUUUAAAAUUUCUUAUCACGACCAGUGGUUUGAACUGGCCUCUUACUUGUAUGGCCCGAAAGAGGCAAUUUAAUGCAUAGGUAAUGAUAGGAAGAGGAUGAGGAAACACUGGAUUUUGGCUAUAAUGGUUGAUGUCUGAGCGCGAUCAUGUGCUAAUUUUCUUGUCAGUACAAAAAAGUCAAAUACAAUGGAUAAUUUUA